AUGUCCUCUUCAAAUUCCAACCGCCCCAACGAGGAAGACGCCUUCAUCGACGCCGACGAAGCCGAAGAGAUCUUCACCCGCGAUGAAGACCACCCCAUGGAGUCUGACGGCGAGGACGCCGACGGUGACCAGGAGAUGACCUUUGAAGAGCAAGAAAUCGAACUCCAGAAUGACUCCGCCGCCCAUUUCGACGCUCACAACGACUCGAUCUUCUGCAUCGCGACACACCCCAUCCACAAUAACAUCGUCGUUACGGGUUCCGGAGACGACAGCGCUUACCUUUUCGACUCGACACCAAACACCGACAGACCCGUUCUACCCGCCAGCUACGAAAGCGACCCGCAGCCGCGACGGGAACGGGAGUCGUUGAAGCCCCUGGUCAAGAUGGAGGGACACAGUGACAGUGUUAAUGCGGUAGCGUUCACGGAGCCGCGCGGCGAGUAUGUUCUUACAGCCGGCCUGGAUGGAAAGUUGCGCGCUUGGAGAGAUACCACAGGGAAUCUGGACGGCACGGCUUGGUCAUUCGUUGCCGAGGUGCAGGAGGUCGAGGAAAUCAAUUGGGUCGCUGUUUGUCCUACCAACACUGGACACGGGGAGGAAGAGGAGAAAGCGAACGUUAUUGCGCUCGGAGGCAAUGACGGCAGUGCGUGGGUGUUCCGGAUCAACCACAAGGAGGCCUCAGAGCCUAUCUCCAUUGUCCAGAGUUUCUUCCAGCACACCGGACCCUGCACGGCGGGUGCGUGGACGCCCGACGGAAACCUACUCGCGACCGUCUCCGAGGAUGGUAGCUUCUACGUUUACGAUGUGUUUGGCGCUGCUGCGGCGGCCGGUGUGUCAUACUCUGCUGGAACGAGCGCCGUUGUUGGCUUGACGGCCGAGGAUCAGCGAUUCGCCGUUGAGGGUGGUCUGUACUCUGUUGCGAUUGCUCCUGGUGGUGGCUUUGCAGCCGUUGGUGGAGCGGAGGGACAUAUCAAGAUCGUCGGUCUUCCCCGUCUCGGCCAAGCUGGGGCUGGUGGUGGUGCCGGUGCCUCCUCCAAGGCCAAGGGCAGGCCCGCUGCUCAGACCUCCGCCGCUACAGCAGGUACACUUCUCGCCUCUCUCCAGCCUCAAUCCGACAGCGUCGAGACGCUCUCUUUCUCCGCUCCCCCGUUGACGCUACUCGCUGCCGGCUCGGUCGAUGGCUCCAUUGCUCUAUUCGAUACCGCCCAUCGUUUCGCUGUUCGUCGGCACAUCAGAGAGGCACACGAGGGUGCCGUGGUGAAGGUUGAGUUCCUCCAGAGUCGCGCCGCCGCCGCACCAUCAGUCCGCCCGAGUCCCCUGGCUGCGGCGACAACAGGCCACCGGUCAUUCCUCCUAACAUCUGUUGGCAUUGACGGUGUUGUUCGACGAUGGGAUGCUCGUGGCGGUACUACUGCCGCUGGCCAUGGGUUGCUGAACGAAUGGAAGGGGCACUUCGGACUUACCGAGAACGAUGAAGGCGAACAAGCCGGUGGAAUCAUGGGCUUUGUUCAAGGAUUUGAUGGAAAGAGGGUUGUUACGGCUGGUGAUGAUGGUAUUUCAUUGGUUUUCGAGGAAUAG